CGAGGUGCAGAGCGGACAGCAAUGGCUGGCAGCGCUCUCCGCUCACUGCAGUAGGGGGCAGACCGCGCCGCUUGUGUGCACACGGCGCUGCCGGUUCCCUCUGAGUGUAGCCCGCGUCCUCGGCUGUUAACACCGGAGUGCUCUGGGAGCGAGCCGGGCUCUGUCAAGCCACCGCUGCCCCUGGGCUCGCCUCACGCCUCUCAGGUGCAUUUUUCUUCCAAUUAUAAAGAAAGCGUGCUCCCAAGAAACCCGUAUGAGUGAGGCCCCGCUCUGCAAUGGAAUCCUGGCCUACCCUGGCCUGGGUUCUGCUACUUAGCCUGAUCGCUGACUGUCUGAAAGCAGUUCAACCUAGAGACUUCACAGUGAAAGAUAUUAUCUACCUUCAUCCUUCAACCACACCAUAUCCUGGUGGAUUUAAAUGUUUCACCUGUGAAAAGGCGGCAGACAAUUAUGAAUGCAACCGAUGGGCUCCAGAUAUCUAUUGUCCAAAAGGGACAAGAUAUUGCUACACUCAACACAUAUUGGAAGCUGGUGGAGAAAGUAUAUCUGUCACUAAGCGCUGUGUGCCACUGGAGGACUGUUUGUCUACUGGAUGCAUAGAUUCAAAACAUGAAGGCCACAAGAUCUGCACUUCCUGCUGUGAAGGAAAUAUCUGUAACUUGCCAUUACCCAGAAAUGCAACUGAUGCAAUAUUUGCAACGACAUCCCCUAUAAAUCAGACAAAAAGACUUUCCCAACAUAUAUCAAUAAUAACGUCAUGUCUCCUGUUGGUAUUUACUUCAUAGCGAUGUCAUAUGGUGCCAUUUGUAUAGUUGGAAAAGCUCAACUGGAUGAAAACCUUAGUAUCGAUAUAUGACCUUAUCUUAAUAUAUGUUCAAAAUCUUAGUAUUUCAACAACAUUCCCAAAAUUUUAAUUUCUUCUUGAUUUUUUUUUGUUAAUUUUGGUUAGUACUGCACCUAAAUGUUCCUGAAGUGUAUUCUCCUGAAGGGGAGAAUAAUCCAAUUGUUUUCACUUAAUAUUUUGAGUAGAAACACAUUUGAAAUAUUUUCAAAGCUAGUGGGUCGCCCAUAUACACUGGUACAUAGAAUAUUCUAGAAAUUUGUCUUCUCUCUGUGAAGUGGUAAUAUUUGUUAAAGAUAUAUUAUGCAGCUUAUUUGAAGCUCUCUCAUGAAGAGGUAUUUAUUUACUGAUUCCAACAGAAUAAUUUGAUUCUCAUAUCAAUCUUUGGCACCUUCCUGAUUUGUUUGGAAACCUCACAGUAGCUAAUCUAACCUUUCAGCUCUCGACGCCUGCCCUGUCAUUUUGUUGCACACCACAAACUUCCAUUGGAUCUGCUGCUUCUUUCACUUACAGUGAUGUAAAUCAGGAGUAACUCCAUUGAGGUCAAUGGAGUUACACCAGUAUAAAAGUAGUUAGAGGAGAACUGGGUCCAAUGGGAGAUUGUGAACAGGCUUCAGCUGUUCACAAAUGCCUUCUCUAAAGCAGUCCAUCAACAGUGAAAAUGUGUAUUUUCUUCAUGAGAACCCAGAGGGGAAAAAGAAACCUUCACGUCCGACUUUUAAAAUGUUUGGAUGUGGUGCUGAGCAUGGUGGUGUUACCUGUUGUAAAAACUCAUCUAUUCUAUAAAGAAUGACAUCACACAACCUUUUGUAAGUCAAGCCUGAGACCUUAGUUUUUUAAGCUUUAUUGAUUGAAACAUGGGCUCAAAUACAACCAGCCAGCUUUAGUCUAAGAGGGGAAAAUGUAUAUUAAAAGCUAUUUGAAAGCCUCCUGUGGAAUAUGAUGGUGCAUGGCAAGGCAGCACAGCUCAUAGUGCUUCACAAUUUUAUUUCUUUUUACAGGUAGGUGCCCAGUCCUUCAAGGUGCUUAACACUGACUCUAAUUUAGCAAAGCGCUUAAGCACAUGCUUACCUUUAAGCACGUAAGAAGUCCCAUUGAACUCACUGUGUUUUGGAACAACCACAUAGACAUAUUCUGGCCUGAGUCCAUGCAUGCCAGUCCCAGUGAUGUCAUUGGGGUAUGGACACUAAGAGUGAGAAUAAGAUAAAGCUUGCCUAAAUUCAACUUUUAUGACAAUAUUUUUAAAUACUGUUGGAGACAGAAUUUAGAAUUAAAUUACUACUAAAUUAAGGACUGAUCCAGCAAUGUUCCCACUCUCCAAAUUCCUGUUGACUUCAGUGAGAAUUAUACAUCCCAAACAACUGCAGGACUAUGCCUGAGGUUUUACAUUUAAAAGUAUAUAUCAAAAUGUAUAAAACUGUUUAGCCACAUGGCAAGAAACACAUUGUAGUGCAUGAUUGUACUCUGACAAAGAAAGGCUAGUAAAACGUCAUUUAUUUCUAAUGUUUACUCCUGGUAUAUAGGGUGAAACUUUUAAUAGUCUUGGCUAUAAUUUUGGCACCAACUGUUGUGUAUGUCACUUGUAAAUCAUUUAUACAAUAUUUAUUUUUGUAUGGUAUGAUUAGAAUCUAAUGUAUUGUUUUAAAAAAAAAACAUUCUUAAGAACAAUUUACCCUAAUAGGAUAGUUGUUUUAAGAUUGGGUAAAACUGUAAUAUAUACUAUGAUAAUUUAUAAUAUUUUGCACCAAUGUUGAAAAAAGAUUAACUUGCUUUACAAGGUCAGUAGUAAAUUAAAGUUUCCCUCACUGGUUUAACUUAAAACUAAAGAAAAAACUGGGUGGAAUUUUGAUAGAUUGUACAACCGUGUAAUUUUCCAUGUAAGUGUUUUUGAGCUAUUUUUGGUUAGCAAGAAUCAACUGAUAACUUGCACUUAAUCAAAUUACAAUACAGGUUUAUGCUCCGAGGCUUAUGUAGUGAAAUGUAUUAUAAAGAGGGAGGAAAUAUUGCUGGAAUCCAAGUGCUCUGUAAAAAAUCUUUGAUAAGAAGGUACCUUCUAAAGGGCAUAAAAAUUGUCCACAAGCACUAAUCCGGUAGAGUUUCUUCAAAAUAUCAAUAAUCUGUAGACACUACUGAGCCCAGUAAGCAAUGCUCUUGUCUUAAGGCUUGUCUACGCUACCGUUCAGAUCGACGGGCAGCAGUUGAUCCAGCGGGGGUCAAUUUAUUGCGUCUAGUAUAGACGUGAUAAAUCAACCGCCGAUCGCUCUAGCGUGUACUCCACCUCAACAAAAAAUGCACAGUGAUGACACCGUGGUAAGUAGAUCUAAGUACGUCGACUUCAGCUACGUUAUUCAUAUAGCUGAAGUUACAUAACUUAGAUCGAUUCUCCCCCUUGCCCCCAUAGUGUAGACCAGCCCUUAGUUGUAAUGAUCAAUGGCUUCUUUUGGGCUACACAUCUGUACUAUUUAGGAUUGUGUGAAAGAUUUUUUUUAUGGGAAAAUUGCAAAACCUCACAAUUCAUCUGAACCCUUCCUCCCCAUGCCCCACAUAUUUUUGAGGGGUUGGAGAACUUUUACUUGUGUGAAAAUUCAGUUAUUUUUACACAUUUCAGUGUGAAAAUUGAGCUUUACCCCUUUUUUAAAAAAAAAAUAAUUAAUUUUACUUACAAAUAAAACUGCAUGAAAGUUGGCCCAUUUUCAUUCACAAAUGGUCAUGUUCUUGGUCAAAAACCAUGGAAUUUCAGUGUUUUCAUCGAGUUGCAUCAUUUUUAUGGUAUUGCAGUAAAAUAUGUGGAUCUCUAAUUUGAGUGACCAUCUCAACAAUCCCUGGUAUUAAUUACAAGGGUGGUUGCAAUCUACUAUUUUUAUGCAAGGGAGGCAUGUCAUUUGGGCUCCUGGUGAGUUAAUGGUGUGGCCUGCAGUUGCACAAAGUUUGGCCCCCUCUUGAGUAGACUUUCUUAGGUUAUUAAAGCCCAAUCCUGUGAGCUGCUCUGCACCCUCAACUCCCAUUGGCAUUAGGGCUGCAUAGGUCAGCCACUGAGAUUGCAAGAGUAGUCUCCCUACAUGUAAGUUGUAUCUCUAUAUUUAAUACUUUUCCUAUAGACAUUACGUUUUUGAUGCUUGAUUAACGGGGUGAUAUUUUUAGGUUACUGCUGAAGCUUCACCAAAUGUAACCAACAUUUUGAUGAGCUAGAUGAGUAGAACCAUCUUGACUAUACUGCGAUAGUGUCUAUCUUUUUUUACUAGGGAGGGAUUAUGUUUUAUUAGUAGUAAAGCAUUUAAAAAUGGUUUUGUACCUACCAUUUGUACAGUUAAAUGACAUAUGGCCAGAUUCUGGGUGUGUCUGUGCAGAUGCACUCAUAGGCAAGCAGGCCCUGGGAGCCUCUCCCCAGUGGCAUAUAUAGCUCAGUCCCUAUGCAGACCUCAUAUCAAGGGAGUGCUAGACUGAGACAUGGCUUGUGAACCCAGUAGUGCUCUCCAGCCAUUGAAGGUACAAGGCUGUGUCAAGGCACAUACUCACCUUUCCAAAGCAACAGGUACAGCCACUGUAAUCAUGUUCUCCAGCACCAACCCAAGCUAUUCUGAUGGUUUCAUCAUUGCAUAGAUAGAAUGAUUCAGGCUACUUCUACUUUGCAGCUCCAUCUCCUCUAACCUCAUCCCCAUCAGUGCAUUGCAGGUGUGCAAGGACCUGUCUUGCCCUUAAAAGGGGAAGUUGGAACUGUCAAAUGAAGUUGCUACCAGUUCUGUUAUAUACAGUUACAGGGGGGUUGGUCAACAAAUAAGUCAAUGUUACUGGGACUGUACAGUGUGGGAGAUAAUAGUUAUAAUAGUUUUAAAAAAAUUAAAUUCUCUGAAAACAAUGUUUACGGAGACUCUGUGCAUAAUUCUCCUCUUUGCCCCAAACUCUUAGUGCACCAGCCAAUCUGUGGAUGUAGUAUGAUAUUUUAAUAGCACACAAAUGUUAGAUUCUACAUAUUUAUUUUUAGGCUCUGAACAACAUAUCUUCUUUUUAAAUAUCUGAUUUUUAAAUGUUGUAAAUUUUGUACAUAGUGCAAAUAAAUGAGGUUUUAAAUAUAAAGGUUGACCUAUUUGUCUGAUAAUCUGUAUGUAUUUUAAAUUGUUUUGAUAAUUCCAGCUCUUCCACUAGGUUUUCUACCUCUCUUCCUCCUCCUCUUAGAAAAUAAUUGCAAACUUUCUUUUGUCCUUCGUUAGCUUCUUUUAGGUCCCAUUAGCAAAGGAAGAACCUUUGAAGUCAAGAACUACAUUCAUUGCUCCCACAGAAAGAAGUGCCCAUGAGUCUGAUCCAUUUCCCACUAAACCUCAUGUGAAACUUUUCCUUGAUUUCAGUGGGUGCUGGGUUGGAUCCUAUAUAUUUAUCCUCUGGCACUCGCUAAGAGAAGUCCAUGGUAGUUCCAUGCACAGAAUACCAGCAGGAUUGGGACGUAAGUGUUCCAGUGUAUGAGUAUAUUCCGUUGAGGUCAGUAAUCUUCCUUCUCAUGAAAAUAGUUGAAGGAUGUAGCCUGUCAGUUAUUCCUCCCAGGUAAUUUUUGUUACUUGUAGGUUUAGGAGGAACUGCAACCAUGCCAGGUUUCCAACAAGAAAUCCCAUAUUAAGCAGUGAGUAGCUUGUGUUCUUACUGCUGUUGACAUUAAUUAAAAUUCAGCAUAUAAUAAAAAAGUGAAUAUGAGGUAGUAUAAAAUAGGCUUGGAAGGAUUAGAUUUUUAAUAGUAAAUGUCAGUAAACAUCAAUUUCUCUGCACACACACAAACCAAUGAAAAAAUAUUUCCAUCGAUGAUAACAGAAAUUUAGAGAUGCCACAGUAAGAAAAAUGCUGCUUGAGAACUUAUUAGUUUGUUUUAAGGAUAUUUACUUGGUAUAUUUUGACAUGCAAUGGUGACAAGUUGUGUUUUAGUGUUUAUAAAGUUUUAACUUUUUGAAUCUCAACAUCUACUGUCUUCAAGUAAUUGUUGUCAGAUCCUUCAAUACCUGAACCCCCUUCAAUUUCCCACAGCUGUGAAAAUUUAAAUUGGUAAAAAUGGAAAAAAAUGCUUAAAAAUAAACAUUGAUCUUAUCAAUGGAAAUUACAAAGAAAAUUGAAUUCUGCCAAGCCUAAAAUGAGUCUAAUUUGUAAUUGUUGUGUAGCUAUUUCCUGCUUUCUUGAUAAAUUGUAAUUUUCUAAACAGAGGGCCUAAUUCUUCUCUCUCACCAGUUUAACACCAGUAUACCUUUCUGUUGCUUUCAUGUAGUUACUUCCGAUUUAUAUCCUUAUGAGCUCUGAUUCAAUUGAAAAAACGUCAGACACCUAAAGAACUAAUUCAGACUUAAACUUCCUGUGAAGCUGAUGCACACAGUUUACAUCUGUUUGCUCAGAAGAUACUGUAU